CGCUUUUGUUCGUCAUUUCAAUUGCUUUCAUUAUUAAACAUCGUCUCUUUAUACUUUAAUUUCAUACCAACCAUUUUUGUUAAAAAAUGUAAUUAAAUUGAGGUUUGUAAUGAAGUUUCUGAUCUUGCAUAAGUAUGUAAAGCUAAUUUGAAUUGAAAUAUUUUUAUAUACUAGAUAUUAAUAAAAAAAAGCAAAUCUUUCGAUUUUCUACCGUAAAUAACAAGGACUAUUACAUCUACAUCUAGAUGUCUUUACUGAAGCGAUGAAUUCGGAACACAAAUGACUGAUUUCUCUCAAUAGGUAGAAGUAGGUUACACCAAGUUACCCGUACAAUCUGCAGUAAUUACCGAAAUGACGGUCACUAAACACGGAAAGCGGGAGGCGGAGCUUAUAGUUAUAUUUAAAUGUGUACAUGCUUUCGAAAUUGCUUAAGUCUGCGAUAAGUGACAGGAUUUUGAAAAAUCUUGGAGGAUUCUAGUCUCAAGAUAAGAGAAAUGCGACAUAAUGCAUGGAAUAUUGACAUUCAGUGUCCUAGCAACAUGUAUACAUUUCUCACUCGAGACACCCGUUCUCAAUGCAGACAGAUUGGAAAUAACCCCUAACGCUGGCGUUGACAUAAUAUCGCCUGGAUAUGAGAGCGGGCAAUAUCCAUACCAUACAAAAAAGUUCUGGGAGCUGUAUGCUCUUAAUGCAAAGAAGAUACAAGUUGUAUUUGAAGACGUCGACAUAGAAUUUCACCACACGUGCCUCUGGGACAGUGUAAGAGUUUUUCGUUCGAACUGUGAGCAGUUGACGUCAUACAAUAAGGGAGACGUCGUUCUCUGUGGCGUUCUGUCGACUUACACUUUCGACUCCGAGAGCUCCCCUAUAUGCAUCUUGUUUACAUCGGACUGGUAUGUGAACAGACGCGGAUUCAAAGCACGUGCAAGAGUUUUACCAGAUGUUUUGGAACACACGACAAAAGUUUUGAAUAUUUCAACAAGGUCUUCAACUAGUCAAAUGAACAAAAGUGAGGUCGUUCCAACUACAAUUGUUCCACCUCAGACAACUUUUUCUGCAAAUGCUUCAUUAGGAAAUCUGUCUCCAUCACCAUCAUCAUCGUCGUCGUCGUCGUCAUCAUCAUCAUCACCAUCCUCCUCCUCCUCCUCAUCAUCAUCAUCAACAACAACAACAACAACAUCAACAACAAUGACAUCUAUUUCACCACAAAUGUCAGAUCAAUCCUCAGUGCCAUUAAAAUCAUCAUCUACAACAGUUAAAACAACUUCAAUAUUGUCGUUGUUUUCAUUAACAACUCCGUCACACCUAUUUCCAUCAUCAACAAUAAAAACAAAACAAUCAUCAUCAUCAUCAUUAUCAUCAUCAUCUAAAUCGAUAAUAACAUCGACAUUAAUAGCUUUAGAGUCGGAGUCAUUAACAACUGACCUAUCAUCAGCAUCAUCUUCAAAAUUAUCAUCAGUCUCAUCGUCACCAACAUUAUAUUCUACUAAUUUACCUAAAGCAUCGACUCAAUCAACAUCGUCAGUAUCUUCAUCAUCAUCAUCAUCAUCAUCAGCAGCAGCAGCAUUAUCAUCAUCAUCACCACCACCACCACAAGACACAUCCUCUUUGCCAGUAACAACAACAGCCACUUUGAAGCCAGUAAAAAUUGUGCUUUGCCAGCAAACAAGUAUAGAAAUUAGCCUCUACAACGAAAUUACUAUACGCUCGCCAAGUGACGCAACUGGAGAAAAAUAUCCUCCAAAUCAACACUGUGUCUUGACAAUUCAUAACAACCACCUACAGGAUAUCCACAUGGUGUUCAUUUACUUUGAAAUUGAAUAUAAUCCACAUUGUGCAUGGGACUUCCUCGAGUUGAAACUUGGAAAUCUAUCAACCCGUUACUGUGGUUACCAACUACCUCAUCUAGAGAAUACACAAGAAGAGAAAAUUCAGCUGAUUUUUCAUACAGAUAAAAUUGUACAUAAAAAGGGGUUUAUGAUGAAACUAAUAAGUUCGUUCCAUAAUUCAACGAGAAAGAACAAUUUAGUCAAUGCCACAACAAGUUCUACGAAUUCCGUUGAGACAACAUCAGGAUUUACACAAACACCGACAUCACCUAUUCAUUCUACUGCUACACAGCAAACAAAAUCGACAACAAGUGAUAAGAAUUUUGAUAAUACUGGGUCUUUUGGAGAAACCAGCGCAUCUUCAACAAAAUUAUCAUCUAUCAAUUCAACAUUAUCACCGUCAGACACUAUAUCAAAAUCAAAGACAAUCUUGCCAUCUUUAAGUUCAACUUUGUCAUCAUCAACUAAGAUAUCUUCAGUAGAAUCAACAUCGACAUCGACAGUGACAGAAUCACAACCAUUUCAAACUGAGAAAGUCACAUCUGCGUCUACAAUUACAGCAAAAAUUUCUGCGGACUCCAUACAAUUUAAAUCAUCCACAGUACCGCCUUCUUCCUCAUAUACAUCAGUCUUCAAUUCAACCGAGUCUGAUAUAACUAGUUCAACACUUCCGAGCUCGUCUUUAUCCGAAUCCGAGUCAUCAUUGAUUUCAUCAACUCAAGCGGUAAUACAAGAAACAUCAAAUGUACCAUCAACAACAACUGUAACGGAGACAUUAGAUGUAGUCAUUUGUGAACCCAAUGACAUCAGUAUUAAUAUUGACAAUCUGAAUGUUUUGACUAUUAGAUCACCCCAAGAUGGAAACACUGGGAGAUAUCCUGUAAAUAAGAAUUGUAUUCUUAACAUCGACAAUCAACAGAAUCUGGGCGUACAUUUCGAAUUUGAUAAGUUCGAUAUAGAAUAUCACCCUGCAUGUGCAUGGGACUACCUUUUGCUAAAAUAUGACAACAAGCCUGCAGUUCGCAUGUGUGGGAAACAAACCUCAGACAUUCCAAAAUCAAACGCAAAUAUAAUUGAAAUAAAAUUUUGCUCGGACAUGAUUGUUCCUGCAACCGGCUUUGUGCUAAAAUUGACCGUAAAUCCACCGGUUUUACCAGAAUCAUCAUCUGUACCAACACAUUCAGUGUUACCAACGUCUUCUCUACCACAAACGCAAUCAUUGUUAACAACAACAGCUGUACCUAAACCGUCUUUAGGAACAACAGCAUCAGUAUCAGCAUUUGUGCAGAGAACAUCAUCAGGGUCAAUAUCGACAUCUGUUCUACCGACAUCUGUUGAGUCUUCAACACCAACUAUAUCAAAAUCACCACCUGCCCAAACAACAUUAUCUGUACAAGCAUCAUAUAUAACAUCACCAUCAUCGUCCUCAACAGCAACAUCAGUAACUAUACCACCACCACCACCACCUCUACCACAAACUACAAAAACAAAAACAACAAAAACAGCAACAACAAAAACGCCUUUUCCAACAACAUUACCUGCAUUUAUACAAAAAUCUUCAACAACACCCGUUCGAGUACCAUCGCAUAUACCAACUUCGGAUGUACACACAACAUCAUCGCAAUCUCCAUCAUCGACUUUACCAACAAUAUCAACGGUGCAAACGGUACAAACAAAAUCAACUGUACAAUCAACUUCGUCAUCCUCUGUGCAUACAUCACCCUCAUCAUCUUCACCGUCAACUGUUUCGACCUUAUCUAGCUCAAAACAUUUAGCAUCAACAUUAAGCAUUGAUAUUUGUGAUUCGCAGAGAAGCAUGAUUGAUAUAAAGGAUUAUAAAACCAUUCGAAUAUAUUCUCCUAAAGAUUCAAAUGGAAACUAUCCUCUAAAUAAGCAUUGUGCUUUAGACGUUCACAACUUACAGCAAGAGGAUGUCAGCAUCGAAGUAUUAGAAUUAGAUAUAGAGGAACAUUCUCAAUGUAAUUGGGACUAUCUAAGACUGUCUAUCGGCGACGAACCUCCCCUCGUCUUUUGUGGCAGUAAAAUACCAAACCCAGUGACGACCCAAGCAAAGAAUAUUGAAGUGGUCUUUCACUCGGACUUUAUGAUUCCUUUAAAAGGAUUUAUGAUAAAGCUUUCAAAGCAAUCAAAUUCUGACAAGACAUCACAAUCACCAUUUCAUACAACAACACUCUUAGAUAUAAAUUCUCCUACCGAAAGUAAAACAACUGGUUUACCGACCGUAUUAGAGGAAGACUUGGUUGAAGAGGAAGUUUUAGAAACACCGGACAACUCUGGUUUGGUUCAUACUACUGCACAUGUUACAAAUAUGCAUACGGAAUCGAGUAAAUCCACAAACCAAUACCAAACAACAGCAACAUCAACAUCAACUGAAGAACACAUUGCAAAAACAGAAGAUUCUUCAACUAAAGCUCAGACAGAUUUUAUAUCAUUAACUCCCAUUAAAAAUUUAACAAUAACCACAACAGAAACUAUAUCAUCAUCAGCACCACCGCAACCAGCUACAACAGCAAAAACAACAACAGAAACAGCAACAACAAGAAAAGACUCAAGCAAACCUGUUUUCUCUUCUACACAAAAACAAGGUACUGAAAAAUUGUCAAAAGAAGAGGAUAAAAGUAAUUUUUCUACCAAAUUUGCAAUGCAAGAACCAUCAAGUGUUUCGCUUACAAAGCCAUCGCCGAAUACACCUUCAACUCAGAAACCAAUUUUCUAUGGCGGAUCUAGUCAUACAAGCUCUUUAUCGACCAAACAAUCAAGGAAAGUAACAAAUGGUGCCCAUACUACAUCAAAGCCAACGACAAUUUCAUCAGAUCAAACAACCAAACAAGCAACAAAUAGUGUCCAGCUAACAUCAAGUUCAUCUACGAUUGAUACAACGCCUACAUCAGCCACCAGUACAGGGUCUGUUGCCUCAUCUUAUCAUGCCUGUUCUGCCGAAAUGAUGCCAGUAGUAAUGAGUGGGGAAUUUGGCUUCAUCACGUCACCAGGAUUUGGUGACGAAAAUGGCUAUCCACCAACAUCCUUCUGCCAAUGGUUUAUUGAAAGAGAUGAAAAUAAGGUAACCAUGAUAAUAUUUGAAGAUUUCGACGUGGAAAGUACUCCUGGAUGCCGCUUUGACAAAAUCACAUUUUAUGAAAUGAAUGAUGAUGGGUCUACAAAAAAAACAUUAAGAAAACUUUGUGGAAGCGAUGUACCAUCAACGUUAUCAACCAGAAAAGAUCUGCUGGUCGAGUUUCAGUCAGAUUCAGUGCAACAACUUGCAGGAUUCAAAUUUCAGUUCAUUAAAGUCGAUUCAGAACCGGGUAAGACAUACACAUGUCCACCGGGAAAGAUUCCGUGUACGAAGGAUGGGACAUGUAUACCUGUCGAAUGGUGGUGUGACGGUACAACUGAUUGUGAUGAUGAAACAGACGAAAUUUAUUGUCAAAAGUGCGGCGAUGACCAACUACAAUGUGGAGACGGUACUUGUUUGGAUAGGUCAAAUCAAUGUGAUGGAACACCACAAUGUUCUUAUAACACGGACGAACAAGACUGUGUUUCAGUAACACAAGACGACGCGAAUACGAAUGUUAAAGUAAAUAUACAGGGAGACUGGAUGCCACUGUGUCACAGUGAUGUCACGGAGCAACUACAAGAUAAUAUCUGUCAAGCUGCUGGAUAUAGGUCGGCUAAACAGUUGUUUAGUGAAAAAAUUCAAAAUCAGCAUUACUAUUCGAUGGCUAAAUUAGUGUCGGGACAGCUGAGCUUUAACAAAAGUUUAGUAUGUCAAAGUCAUGAUGUGGUUCGUCUGCAAUGCUCAGGGUCAGAUUGUGGACGUAAAGGAGACCAUGUCCGAAAGAAAAGAAUCAUAGGAGGGUCAGUAUCAAGUAAAGGGGAGUGGCCAUGGAGUGUGGUUCUCCGAGCAGGCAACACCCCAAUAUGUGGAGGAUCCAUAAUAGACAACAUGUGGAUAAUAACUGCCGGACAUUGUGUGAAAGAUUUGGUUGACAAUCCCCAGAUUUUAUCUGUUAUUACUGGUGUAAGCGACAUUAAUGAUUUAGACCGUCAAUUUCGUUAUGUUUCGGAAGUUCUGCUACAUCCAGAAUAUCACUUUAUCUUCAAUGCAGACAUUGCACUGCUGCGUCUACAACAACCUCUUGUAUUUGAUAAUAAUACUCAAACAAUAUGUCUUCCGUGGGACAAAAGACAAUUCUCUCCAUCAGAUUUAUGUUAUAUCACUGGAUUUGGGGUGUCCGACAUGAAAGAUUAUUACACAACUGUUAUGCCGAGGUACCUCAGGCACGUGAAGACUAAAAUUGUUGACCUGGAGAAAUGUAAAGCGAUUUAUUCGACCCGAUUUUCUAGCAGGGAAAGGAUAAAAGAUAACAUGUUAUGUGCUGGAUAUGCAAGUGGGGGAAUUGACUCUUGUAAGGGUGACUCCGGCGGAGGACUGAUGUGCCGUACAGCAGACGACCGUUGGUCGCUGGCGGGCGUGGUUAGUUGGGGAGAUAUGUGCGGUAGUAAAAAUCGCCCGGGGGUCUACACAAAUGUUGCCUUCUUCUUAGACUGGGUCGCCAACACAACGAACCCGAAGAGCGUGAGGAACGUGACAUGUGACUUCGAAGACAACGGUUGGUGUGGUUACACUGAUUUAUCAACCGGAAAUUACGUCUGGACAAGGAAACCUGGUGAUAAAUACAUAAAAGGCACUAUAUUAUAUGCAACUAAAACAUCGUCGGCAAGCAACAAGAACGAACCACUGACCGCUGCUCUACAGACACCAAUGUUUAAUACGGACAGAGAUGGCUGCCUAUCAUUUUCGUUCAUGUUUAGUGGCAAUUCAAAUAUCACACUCUCGGUAUUUGGAGUAGAGAAAAGUGACGGUCAGGGAACAAGCAAGGAACUUCUUUGGAGAUUCACAAGUCAUUAUCCGGCGAAAGAUUCCUGGAAAUCCACGGAGGUCACAGUACCUGCUCAAUAUAAUAAUAUAAGAUUUGAAUCAUUGAGUGAAAAUGGUGGCAUUGUUGGUCUAGGACUUGACAAUGUUUCUAUGUCAGUUGGACAAUGCGCUGGCUCGGAAUUUCUGACGUGCACGUUCAAUGAUGGGAACACGUGCAAUUACGAACAGUACACAGGUCAUAAUUCAAAGCCCUGGUCUUUUUCAGCGGACAGUAUGGUGGCAUUAAUGCACUCUGAACAAGAUCUAUUCAUAAAAGCAGGUGGCGACUUGCAAACAUUUGGUUACCCUGCCAUGUCUAAAUUGAUUUCACCUAAAUUAACACACGAAUUCACUUCCAUCCCUCACUGUGUGACUUUCCAUUUUAAAAAGUUAACGCAGACGACACAUGAACUUGUUGUUGGUACAUAUAUAGCUUUUGGCGCGCAAUUAAUAAACCCGGUUGUAUUUUGGAGCUCGGAAAACGUAGAGACAAAUAAGUGGUUACACGUCACUACACCAAUACAUCAUGGGGUGUAUGAUCACAUCUUCUUUGAAGUCAAAAGGGAGACAUAUACAAAUGAAAGGAUAGAAGUUUUCCUGGACGACAUUCGUGUGACAGAUGGUUUAUGUGUUAAUUGAAUAUCUAUUCCAAAAUAAAUGAUGAAAAUGACUAGUCAGCUCGUUGCCUCAAAUAGCAAGCAGCCUUUUUGCCCUCGACAAAUUCCGAGAAAGCAACACAUGUGCAUUUCAGUUAUUUGUUUCCAAACUCAUCUCAAAAUUUAAGAAAAAUGUUGUCUAUGAAAUAUUGAUAUUUCUAGGUCCUCAACUUGUCCUGAUUACGAAAUGGAUCUGUUGAGCCAACAACAGAAAUUUCGGCACAAAAUUAAACUUAAAAUUUGAGAUUUUUUCACAUGAAACUGGAUUACCUAACAAGUAUUGAACUAUUUAUUAUCUCGUAUCUUAAACAAGUAUACCACAACGUGUUUUUCUUUUGCAAUUUCUGAAACCAAUCAUUUUACAGUUGGUCUCAGUAUUUCUUAUUUGAUUAUUCAAAGAUAGUGCACGUUUCGGACAUUGAUUUGUCAGCCAUCUAAAAUAAAACUCUCCAACUAAUGUCGUUUAGGGUCUUAGACUUUACAACAUAACCCAUAAAGUUUUCAAGCAUUUAUGCCCAUGUUCUAUAUUUGAUAUUUGUAUUAAGGGGAUCUAUAUAUUCUGACUAUAUUUAUGUUGUUGCAAAAUACAGCUUUAAAAUGUUGUAAAUUGUAUUAAAAACUAAAGCUUUUAUGGUAGACUUUUUAAACUGUUAAUACACAUAGUGUUAUCCUAUUUACAUGUAGAUAUUGUUACUGCAUUUAUAUUUUUAUGUGUUUUAUUUAUACAUAUACAAUUAAUUUGAAACCAUUAUCCCUUGCUAAUAGUAUAUGGACUGUAAGCGAUUGUUUUUAAUGUGUUUAUUCAUUUAUAUUUAUAUCCAAAAAUGGGGGUAGCAAAGAAUUUGAUAUUUUAAAUGAGUAUUAACUCGAAUGAUACGUAAGGGUAGACUUUUUAAACGAAAAGACAGAAGGUAUUUAUAAAACCAAAAAGACUGAAAUUAUUAAUAACGAAACGUAGUUAUAAUACCGAAAAGGCAGAGAGAAGUCUUAAAAAGUGUUUUGAUGUGAUUUUUUAAUCCAAUAAAUUAUUGUUAGGACUUUCUGAUAAAAUUUGGUACACUUGGGACUAAUUUAUUGUCUACCUUUAUUUACAUGUAUAUCUAUUUUAUUGUUUCUCAUUCAAAAUGUGAACUGUAAAGACUAUUCUAUAAUUAGUUCCUAGAAUUUUACGUUAAACGUUGUAUUUUAAAGAAGUAGUACAUUCUUUUAAGUCACCAGCCAUUUGUGAUAUUUGUUUGAAACUAGACCUAUUUAUGUAUAUAUGUUUGUGUGUGCCAAAAACUGCUUUUAUCCAAGAAAAAAUUAUGCUAUUUUGCACUUACUAUUUAUGCUUUAAUAUAUAUUGAUGUGGUAUUUAGCAAGUAGUUCAUUAUAUACAGUAUUCAUGGUUGUUACCAUAUAUUAUAAUUAUAGCAAAGCAUAACUUAUAUUAUAUAGUAAGCAACCGUUUAUACCCAGCCAUUCAGUAUGUUUAAAUCAUUAUUACGAGUUUAAAAUACUACACAUUUGCUUGCUUGAUUUGAUUUAAAAAAGAAAAUUAAUUCAUAAAUUUGCAGCAGCAUUGUAUAUCAAAAAUAUUAGCGUCACGGUUAUCCAAUGUAAAUCGGCGUAACAAAUACCAAUAUUAUAAUGCAACACGUCGAGUACAGAUUGUACUAUUUUACUGGAUAGAAAAGUAAAAUGGCGAUGAACGCGAAUAAAAGUAAAUAUGUAUGAAUGAUAUAAUUGUAAAUAAAAAUAUAAGUAUAGAUGAUUUAUGCUCAACCGAUUUAUGCUCAUAAUGGAACGCUCAUUUUUAAUGUCUCUCAUAUUGUUUUUUUAUGAAUAUAUAAACUAUAUGUUUUGUUAGAUAAUUGUUACAGUGUACCUAUAUAUUUUAUACUAACAUUUUUAAAUUUGUAGAGCACUUUAAUGAGAUAUGUUUGUUAUGUUUGUUUCUAAUUAUAUUUGAAAUUGUUGACGGGUACUUCAUACAUGUAUAUGAAUUGUAAUUGUGAUUUCAUAUAAGAAGAGCUUACAUAUUCGUAUGUCAUAUGUUUCUAAUAUAACAAAAUAAAAAAAAAAUAACAGUUCACCUUGUUGUAAAUAUUCGAUGUUGGACCAAAAACAAAACAGAGAUUAAAACA